AAAUCAACCCCACAAACGAUAUCUAAAUAUUAAACCCACUUAUAACUAACUAACUAACUAAUAUAUACUAUUCACCGGCCACCACCAUGGCGCCGCCACCACCACCACCGCCACGGCACUCCGCCCUCUGCAGGUGCAUCGCCGGAGUUCUGCUAUCUUUAAUAAUCAUCACCGGCCUCACGAUCCUGAUAAUCUGGCUGGCGGUGCAGCCGAGGAAACUGAAAUACUCCAUCGAGCACGGCUCGAUCGGCGGCUACAGCCUGGCGAAGGACGACCACCUGAACGCCAGCUUCCACUUCGUGCUCCGGGCCGACAACCCCAACCGGCGGAUCUCGGUCUACUACGACAGGAUAGACGUUACGGUGUCGUACGAGGACCAGAAGCUGUCGGUGAACAACGUGCACCCGUUUUAUCAGCGCAGGAGGAACGUGACUCAUGUGGAUAUGGAUCUCGUCGCGAAGAACGCGGUGCUGUUCGGCGCGGUGGCCCGGGAUUUGAAAAUGGAGCGGGGAUCCGGUGACGUGGACCUGGAUGUAAGAAUCCGGGCCGCGAUCCGGAUGAAGAUCGGGGUUUUUAAAAUACAUCGCACGCUUAAGGUGCUCUGUGAACAGGUUACGGUGCCGUUUAAUUCGUCGCAGAGUUUUACGAGGGUUUACUGUGAUUCCGAUAUUGAUUAAUUAUUCUUUCAUUUUUAAAAUUUUAUUUGUUUAUUUGAUUUGAUAUUACGAGUGUCGAAGGUUGGAUUGAUUUUCCUUUUUUUUUUCUUUUUUUUUCUCUAUCUGGUAUAUUUCGAUUUUUCGAGUGUUGGUGUGACAUUGCAAUUGUUAUUUAAUUUGUCAUGAUUCGAACUUGUAUUGGAUAUUUGGAAAGUAUGUAAAAUGUUUGAAGUACUUUCCGAUUCUCGUAAUAAUUGAAGUUUCGAUUAUUCGUAAUUUGUUGUGGAAUUUUCGAAAUUUUCGUGAA